CCGCCGUCGCUGUCGCUGUCGCUGUCGCGGUCCCUGUCGCGAUGUCCCCUCCGCUCCGGCCGGAGCGUGGCGAGCUGUCGCGCUUGGCCGCGGCCACCGCGUGUCCGGGCUGCGGUGGCGCCGUGCGGGACCCGGUGCUGCUCCCGUGCGAGCACAGCUGCUGUCGCCGCUGCCUGCUGGGCCCCGACGCUAUCGCGACAGCGGGCGGCGACAUCGCGACAUCCCCGCGCUGUCCCCGCUGUCGCCGUCCCUGCGCUCGGGGCCGCGUUCGCUCCGCGGUGGCGCUGGCGGUGGAGGCGCGGAUCGUGCGGAGGCUCGAGGGGACAGCGGGGACAUUGGGGACAGCGGGGACACGGGGGGACAGAGGGGACAGAGGGGACAGCGGGGACAGAGGGGACAGCGCUGGCGACAGCCCCGGGGACAUCGCGACAGCGAGGGGACGGCGCAGAGCCCGCAGGUGCAGCCUCGGGGCCAAACUUCGAGCGGACGCCGCCCCUCCCCCACCCCCGCGGGACCCUCCCCAAUAAAAACAAAAAAACAAAAAAAACCAAAAAAACC